CUCGCAGAGUUCUCUCCUCCAUCGGACACUUUGAGGAGUUUGAGCCAAAAUGGAGUACAAGCUGAUCGUGGCGGUCUCCAGCUUCCCGAGUCUGUACGACCCGAGCUGCCCGACCUACAGAGACCUGAACACGAGGAGCGACUCGUGGAGACAAGUGUCGCAGCUCGUCGGUGUCCCCGAGCCGGAGUGCAGGAGGAAGUGGAAGAUGCUGCGGGACCAGCACAGGAGGGAGAGGCUGCGGGAGAAGGACAGACGGGAGAGCGGCAUCGGCCUCCUGAACUACAGGCCGUGGAGGUAUUCAGCCAUCCUGUCCUUCUUGAACCCGUUUAUCGACGCCAGGGCGGCGGGGACCAACGGCUGGGCUCUGGACCCGCAGCCCUACUUCCAGGCGUCUGAGGUGGUGGGCUGCAGCACGACCAGCGAGGCGCGCAGCGACGACGACGACAAUUACGGUUUCGCUGUAGCGUACGCCACAACAACAACGACAUCGUCCUCCUCCUCCUCAGAGUUCGUUCAGAGGAAGCGGCCAUCUUCUGCCAACAGAGACACCGCCAGACUCAAAGAGGCGAAGGUCGAGGUGACCUCUGACCCCGCUGCUACAGACGACGGCGUGCAAACGCAACAAGCGCAGCAGGCUAACAUGAGGGAGCUGUUUGAGACCAUCAUGCACUCGGUGACAUCAUUAGCCACGUCCCUCGCGUCCUCACAGUCGUCCUCGCAGCUCUCAGAUCAGCUGACGCCUCCGUCCCCCUCGGCCGUGCAGCCUGAUCUGCAGACGUCCCGCAACCCGCCGCCGCAGCCGCCGUCCAGGCUCCACCAGCUGAAGACGGAGGAGCAGCAGGAGGUCAUGGAGGCGGAGCUUCUAGACCAAACGGACGGAGAGGAGGAGGAGUUUCACACGGCGGCGUCUCCGAGGCCGACCCGCGUCUGGAGGAGGAGGAGGAGCACGGAGGAGAGCCUGCUGGAGGAGCACCUGAGGAGGACGGAGGCCCGGGAGGCUCAGAGAGAGCGGACGCGGAGAAGAGGGACGACGUGA